AAAGGCUUCUCGCAGCCCGCCGUCCUCUUGGGUACCGGACUUCUGCAUGGUCAUGAAAGUACAGCUUCGACACUACCACUACUACUACCACCUCCAGUCUUUAACACUUCUUCACCACCAGAUCUCACCCUAAAGAGAGAGCAUCAUGGUAGCCCAACAACAAGGAAAGUUCACGGUGGGCGACUACCUCGCCGAGCGUCUUGCUCAGGUCGGCGUCCGCCAUCACUUUGUCGUCCCCGGCGACUACAACCUCAUCCUCCUCGACAAGCUACAAGCUCACCCGGAACUCAAAGAGGUUGGUUGCGCCAACGAGCUCAACUGCUCUCUGGCCGCCGAAGGCUAUGCCCGUGCCAAUGGCAUCUCCGCUUGCGUUGUCACUUACAGCGUUGGUGCCCUCUCGGCCUUCAACGGCACCGGCAGUGCCUACGCAGAGAACCUCCCCUUGGUCCUCAUCAGCGGCUCGCCCAACACCAACGACCCCAGUCAAUAUCACAUCCUUCACCAUACCCUCGGCCACCCGGACUACACCUACCAGUAUGAGAUGGCCAAGAAGAUUACCUGCUGCGCUGUGGCCAUUCCCCGCGCCAUCGAUGCACCCCGCCUGAUCGACCGUGCCCUCCGCGCCGCCAUCCUUGCCCGGAAGCCCUGCUACAUCGAGAUCCCCACCAACCUCGCCGGAGCUACCUGCGUGCGCCCCGGCCCCAUCAGCGCCAUCACCGACCCCGUCACCAGCGACAAGAACGCUCUUGAGGCCGCCGCCAAGUGCGCUGCCGAGUACCUCGACGGCAAGCUCAAGCCCGUCAUCCUGGUUGGCCCCAAAGCUGGCCGUGCCGGUUCCGAGAAAGAGCUCAUCGAGUUCGCCGAGGCCAUGGGCUGUGCUGUUGCCCUGCAACCCGCCGCCAAGGGCAUGUUCCCCGAAGACCACAAGCAAUUCGUCGGCAUCUUCUGGGGACAAGUCAGCUCCGAUGCCGCAGACGCCAUGGUGCACUGGGCCGACGCCAUGAUUUGCGUCGGCGCCGUCUUUAACGACUACAGCACGGUCGGAUGGACUGCCGUGCCCAACAUCCCGCUCAUGACCGUCGAUAUGGAUCAUGUCACCUUCCCCGGCGCACACUUCAGCCGCGUCCGGAUGUGCGAAUUCCUCAGCCACCUGGCCACCCAGGUCACCUUCAACGACUCCACAAUGAUCGAGUACAAGCGCCUCAAGCCUGACCCCCCGCACGUGCACACGGCCGAACGCGAGGAGCCGCUCUCGCGCAAGGAGAUCUCGCGACAGGUGCAGGAGAUGUUGACAGACAAGACCAGCCUGUUCGUUGACACGGGCGACUCGUGGUUCAACGGCAUCCAGCUGAAGCUUCCUCCUGGCGCCAAGUUCGAGAUCGAGAUGCAAUGGGGCCACAUCGGCUGGUCGAUCCCUGCGGCCUUUGGCUACGCCUUGCGCCACCCUGACAGGCACACCAUUGUGCUGGUCGGCGACGGAUCUUUCCAGGUGACGGCCCAGGAGGUGUCGCAGAUGGUGCGCUUCAAGGUGCCCAUCACCAUCAUGCUCAUCAACAACCGCGGCUACACGAUCGAGGUCGAGAUCCACGACGGUUCCUACAACAAGAUCAAGAACUGGGACUACGCCAUGUUGGUGGAGGCCUUCAACAGCACCGACGGCCACGCAAAGGGCCUGCUGGCCAACACGGCCGGCGAGCUCGCUGACGCUAUCAAGGUGGCUGAGAGCCACAAGGAGGGUCCUACGCUGAUCGAGUGCACGAUUGAUCAGGAUGACUGCAGUAAGGAGCUCAUCACCUGGGGUCAUUACGUGGCUGCUGCGAAUGCGAGGCCUCCCCGCAACAUGUCGGUGCAGGAGUAAGGAUGAUGCUAAUGUGGAUAGGCAUGUUGAAAUGACGGAUGUGAUACCAAAUGACAGUAUUAUCAAGGAUACAACGGCGGCGGCGGCGGCCGAGGUGGCAAUGGUGGUGGUAGGCAACGGGCCACGAUAUAGUGUAUGGAAAAAGGUCAAACGGGGCUUCAAGUUUUUGUCAUGUCAAUAAAUGUUUUGUUUUCUUCUUUUUCAUAGAUCGUUCAUCUCAUCUCAAUUUCUAUAUAUCUCUCUCCUCAUUCAUGUCUCUGUCUUUCCCGGUUUUGGUUAAAAUCUAUACAAAGACAAAUGGUAAACGAACAAACAAAGUCUAUUCAAUCGGAUACAGUUGGUGGCUGCUAUAGAAGACCAGGUAGACUAGUUUCGGGUGUGGGCUUCAAGAAUCUGGCGCUGGAAUCGUAAGCAUACAGUCAUGAAUAAAAUCACUUUGUUAUAUCUUGAUUUG